AUGGAUGCUUCCAGCGAUUAUAAUGGUUCAGCUCCGAUUGCUCGUUCACGUUCCAGCUCUGUCUCUAGUUCCGAGGAGGUUUUUCAAGAUGCCAUUGACCCAUCAACGGUAUCUCAGAAAAAGGACACUUUGAGUUCGCAAACUACAUUAGAACCCACAGGAAUUUUACAUAAUUUCAAAGAGAUAGAUCACCAAUCUCUACAUGGAACGCAAGAAGAGACUAAGUACGAAAAUGAUAGUGAACGCGAUUCUGAAACGCAAAUUGAAGGAAAACGGAUCAGGAUAUCAAAUCUGGUGCGAAAUAAGUAUGCGAAUUUCAUUAAGACUAUGGAAUUUCUAAAUGAUGAGUUUCGUGACGAUCUAGCGGUCCAUCUUUAUGCUGUUUACGUUCUUCAUACACAAAACCCAUUCUACCCUGAUUACCGUUUUUGUGGCUGGCCACUACCACCGGAUAUAGUUCCAGCUCCACAGGGCGAUCAUAUAGGUUAUCCACCAAAAUCAAGAUAUACAAAAUUUGCAUCACUUAAAAACAAAUCGGGUAUGAAACCGCCAUUUCCUCAUAUGCUGGAAAAGUUUAGAUACCAUGUUGAUCCCCGCAGGGCACUCAAUCAGGUAAUAGAUACUAUCUACGAACGGAAGAUUAUCCGUAAAAUUCGCAAUUAUAAUAUGAAGUUGGGUAAGUCGGGAGGACAGAAGUUGGUAGCUAGACCAACGUUGGAAUAUCCCAUCAAGUUACCAAGCAGCUUGAAAGCGCAUCUAACCGACAAGCUUAAUAAUAUUGUAGAUAAACUUUUAAUAAGACAGAAGAUACGUGCGAAAGCAGUUAAUGACACAGGAAUGUUCGGACCGGAGUUGAAUCCAAAUCUCGAUUGGCAUGAUGUUUCAGUAAAUUUGGAGAAAAUGAGUGAACGUGAUCAUUUAAGAAAACUGUUUUCAGUUUACAUGGAUAGAGAUUUUUACAGAUCGAAAAACAUUUCCAGGCAUAAGUUUAGACACUUAAAGAUGUUUGGUGAAUCGUUGUCAUUGCUGCAUAAUGUAGAGGAAACUCUAGAAGUGAUCCGCUCUGAAGUUAAAGGGAAAAAGCGGAAGCUUGAUGCAUUUGAUGAGUAUAUUGAGGAGGUGGUAGAUAAAGACAUUCCUAUAUGGACAAAACGUGACAAGAUGAAAGAGGAGAAUCGGAAAAAUAAAGAUGCAAAGCAGGUAUGA